AAUUGUCUACGUGCGCAUAUGCAUUUGGUCCUUUGAAAAUUUUGUGGUUGAAAUAUUGAAAUUUCAUCAUGUCGAGCCCCACGUCGAUAAAUUUAGACCUCUUGACCCAAGGGGGUUUGGUUGUGUUUAUGGAAGUAUAUCUGUAUUAUCAAGAACUAUACAGUGUCAUGUUAGUUUCUCUACUUUUCGUGUACAUGGCGUCAGGUUAUCGGACAACGAGAACUGGGAGCCGAGCUUGCGUUUUGGUGCUGGGAGAUAUCGGGAGAAGUCCCCGCAUGCAGUAUCACGCGCUCUCGUUGGCCGCAGAAGAAUUCGACGUGGAUAUUGUUGGCUAUGGCGGUUCUCAACCACAUGAGGAUGUUCUCAGUAAUAAAAGAAUCCAAAUCCAUGUGAUGCCAGAUCCAGUAUCUUUCAAAUUUUUGCCAGUGAUUGUUAGGUAUUUCGUCAUGGUGAUAGGUCAGUGUCUUCAACUCUGUUGGGUCCUCUUCUUCAAGAUGAAAUGGCCUUCACAUAUAUUUGUGCAGAACCCACCAGCCAUCCCCACCCUAGCCGUUGCGUGGUUUGCAUGUAAGGUCUAUGGCAGCAAGUUUGUGGUAGAUAUGCACAACUACGGAUACACCAUACUAGGUAUCAGCCUUGGAAAGACACACCCCCUUGUCAGGUUUUAUGAAAAGUUUGAGCGCUUCUUUAGUCGUCAGGCUGAUGGACAUUUCUGUGUAACAGAUGCAAUGAAGACGGAUCUAGUUGAUAACUGGCAUAUCAAACGUCCAGUAACUCUAUAUGACAGGCCAGCAGACAAGUUUAAAGAAACUCCUCUAGAAGAGCAACACGAGUUAUUCACAAAGCUGGCAGUAGAAUAUCCCGAAUUCGCUUCUCAGUCUGGAGAGGAGGGUGAGACAGCCUUUACGUCCAUGGCGUCUGGUGAAGCGAGGAAGAUUGAUGACAGACCAGCUCUGCUUGUUAGCAGUACAAGCUGGACUGAAGAUGAGGAUUUCUCCAUUCUAUUAAGUGCAUUAGACAAAUUUGAGGCUGCAAAGACAGAAGGCGGUGCCAAAACAGAGCUCCCCUCUCUAGUAUGUGCCAUUACCGGUAAGGGUCCCCAGAAGGAGUAUUACAAGGGACUUAUCAAGGAGCGAAAGUUCAAGCACAUCAAGAUAUGUACACCAUGGUUAGCUGCUGAGGAUUAUCCAAAGUUACUUGGUUCAGCAGACCUUGGGGUGUGUUUACACUACUCAUCAAGUGGUCUUGACCUACCUAUGAAGGUGGUGGAUAUGUUUGGGUGUGGUCUCCCAGUAUGUGCAAUAGACUUUAAAUGCAUUGGUGAACUGGUGAAGCAUGAAGAGAAUGGCUUGAUUUUCAAAGAUGCCGAAGAACUUUCUAAUCAAUUCCAGGAUCUACUUUCUAGUUUUCCAUCCAACCAAGGCAAGCUGAAGGUCUUCCGAGAGAAUCUUAAGACAUUCCAGGCCCUACGAUGGGAGGAGAGCUGGAAGCGAACAGUUAGACCAACUCUCUACAUCUAAAGAUGAUCUUUUGCCGUGUCAUUCCAUUAUUUAAGGAGCAAGAAAGAGUCAUCAAACAUCAGUCGGAUAUUGAUUUUCUGAAUUCAGCAUGUAUGAUGAUGUGAUUGUUUGGUGAGAUCUAGUUAUUUUAAUAGUACUACAU